CGAGGACGGUUGCAUUUGUAGUUGUAGUUGGAAAUCGCACAUGGGCCAAUGGGCGGCGCUGACGUAGCUUGCGAUGCCUUACCCGUUUCAAAGGGGGCGUCUCAGACAAGUUCAUUGGACAGCCCGUGCAAAAGGUGGUGGUUUCUGGAGCAGGCCUUUGUAUGUGCUGCUUGUGCCACUGGCCCACAGAUGCCUGCAACACCGACGAGCAAGAGUCAAAUGCAGUGGCGGAAUGCCUGGAGAAGCAAAUCCUUACCUCAGCUCAUAGAACCCCACGAGACGGACACCUUGCAAAGAAAGGCCACCGUUGGCAACUUUUUUGCAAAGGAUGAGGACUCCACUCGGUCAUCAGUGCGGAGCAGAACACAAGGUGCCGAUCCGGUCGUGUCACCGAGAACCGAAUCAAGUGCUGCAGUGGAAGUGAACAGCGACUUGCUUUGUUCCAGACAUGAUGGUCAAUUAGAGGUCUUCGACAACUACGAAUUCAUUUCAGCUGUCGGCAGCGGAGCCUUCGGCCGCGUACUUCGAGCCAAAAACCGUUACGGUGGGCAGAUGCGGGCAUGCAAGGCGCUCACGACAAGUACACCCUUGGAACGAAAGUUAGUCGACACAGAGAUUGCCAUCCUGAAGGUGCUGAACCACCCACAUGUUUUGCAACUCUAUGAAGUCUAUUUUGAGCCAAGCAUGACAGACCGGCGUCGGAAAGUCUAUUUGAUAACAGAGCUGUGCACUGGAGGGGACUUGCUCUUCCGAAUCGCCUAUCAUUACCAGAUGCUGAAGAGUCCGAUGACGGAGGGUCAUGUUGCCUACCAGCUGCGACAGCUUCUAUCUGCAGCUAUGUACUGCCACAAACGUGGGAUUGUUCACCGGGAUGUGAAGCCCGACAACGUGCUUUUCGUGGAUGCAACGGCCUCGUCCCCGCUGAAGCUGAUCGACUUUGGUCUGGCGGGCUUCGCGCAGCAGCUGCGAGAGAACGCCAUAGAGGUGUCGAUGCCCAGAAGCAAGUCUCUCGGACGUUUGGCCAAGAUUCUGCCUCGUGUUGGAGCACGUUGGUUUCAUGUGCGAAAACAAAUGAUGCAGCGCGCCGGGACGGCCUUCUACAUGGCGCCAGAGAUGAUCAAUGCAGGUGUGUACGACCAGAAAGUAGACAUGUUCAGCAUAGGAGCCAUCAUGUGCGAGAUGCUCACUGGCUGGCACCCCUUCUACACUCCAAAUGUGGAUGAUGCACAGUCCGUGCAGGCAAAGAUUGUUUUACCCAAACCGGUGGUACUGCCAGAUGAUGUGUUUUGUAACAUCUCAGAGGAAGCAUGCGAUGUUUGCCAGAAAUUGCUAGAGAAAGAUCCAGCCCGACGACUCAGCGCAGAGCAGGCCUUGCAGCAUGCCUUUUUCAUCAAUCCCGAUAUGCCUACACCGUAUGGCAAUACCAACACUGGUGUCCUGAAUGGGCAAGUCUUUGAAGGCCUCAAGCAGUAUGCCUCCUACAACAAAUUGCGGCGGGCUUCGUUGCAGUUGUUAGCGCAGGAGCUCGGAGAGGAGCAAGUGCAGGAGCUGCGAGACGUGUUUCUGGCCAUGGACUCAGGGGACGGUCAACUGGAUGUGGAGGAGCUUCGAGAGGCCGCCCGAAAGGUAGACUUCACCUUGAGCCCUGAAGAAGCUACUGAGUUGAUUGCUGCCUUAGGCGGGCCGUCUUCCCAGAUGGCUGGCUAUCGGGAGUUCAUUGCUGCUGCUGGCAGCAGUCAAGUGCAGUAUACCUUUGCGCAGCUGAAGCGCUGCUUUGAGAAGCUGAGUACUAGCGGUGUCAUCCGCUUCCAGGACAUGCCACAUCUUUUUUCUCAUAGUAUCUCAGAGUCGGAGUGGGAGGACAUCAUCAAGUCGACCCGUACAGCAGAUCGUGAGGAGUCUCCGACGGCGAAAUCCACAAUUAGCCUGGACAAAUUUAUGUCCAUGAUGCAAUGCCCACUUCAAGAGGGAGAGGCAACCCUGCCGACCUCAAGCUCACCUUUGCAUGUUCACGGGGAGGAUCCCAAGCAAGCUGGCUCUCCUGUGAAGUUCUGGCAGCGCAUCGUGGCGACAAUGAGUGAUCUUUUGAUUCAGGACAAGAAGAUGCCAAUGCAAAUGCACCUUCUCAACCUUUCACCUUACCUCUAGAGACAGAUAUACGGAAAAGGAAUAGACCGCCUGACAGAAGGUUUCUUGCGCUUGGCCAUUGGUUGUUUGGUAUGUGCAGCAUCCUAGGUUGUACUGAGCCACUCUGCUGGCUCACUGAGUGACAGUGACUUAGUUCGGCAUUUUUUUCAGCAGCUCAGCCCCUGGACCAGCCAAGCCUUUUGAGAUGUCAAAGUUGUUAUUGUUGAAGAGUUUUUGAUGCAUCGGAAUUAGCA